ACCGCCCGGUUCGCUCGCUCCCUAUGAGGGUGCAUGUCUUCACGCCUCCCGUGAGACGCUCCCGUCUCUGAACAGCAUGGACUCCUCGCCGCCCUCGCCCGGCACUCCCAGCCCAUCCUCGCCCUCGCCCUCCGACGAUGGGCUGACCCGGCCCGCGUCGCCUUUGCAGGACGAUGCGCGCAUGAUUCCGGCCCAGGAAGACGCCGACAACGACGGGGAGAGUGGCUCGGGCGGCGCGGCCUCAAGCGCACCGCAUCCGGCUGAGGAGACCGUCAACAGAUCACUCAAAGGAAAAGAGAAGGCGAGGAAGGGGCCGUUGCGACUGCUGGACCUCCCGGUGGAUAUUCUCAAAGAGAUCAUACACCAGCUUCCGCAUACCAACGACCUCACAUCGCUCGCGCUCUGCCAUUCGGCCCUCCACCGUCUCACGAUCCCAUGCAUAUACUCACGCUUUGAUAUUGUCUGGCCCGACGAAAGCACGCAUGCCGAGCCCCGAUCUGGCGUGGAUGCCCUCACUUAUGGAUUGGCGACUCUAGUCAUGGGCGACGACUGCUUUCCGCACCAGAACAGACUCCGCCACCAGUCCAGCGCGGCGAGCAACUCAAGCACGCCUUCUACGACCCCAUAUCCCAUUCCACGGCGGCGAUUUGGAAACUACUAUGCCCAGUUCACGAAGAAGUUCUCCUUGGGCAACGGGCCGGCAGCAUGGGUGCAGGAGUACAUGAUAACAAAAGAGGGCGGCAAAAUGCUCGGCACUUUGGUCGCGCUUGCGAUUGCCCGGAUGAUCAACCUCGAAACUUUUGUAUGGGAUAUGCCGACCGGCGUUCUCCGCGACGUAUGGCUAGCACUCUCGAGCCUGGCUGACCGCUCCGAUGGCGACGAGUGCCGGCUUGAACGCCUCUGGAUCCGAUGGCACGACAAUACUAUAGACGCUCCUGUUCCUGCGCCUCCGCCUCCGAUGAUCCUGAACAACGUAAACGUACCACCUCCCCCGGGCACUACGCAUCCCAGCGGAGUGGGCGCCGUUCAAGCGCCUGUCGUCGUCCCUCAGCCGUUCCAGUCACCUCUGGCUUCAGCAAUAGAUCGGGUUGAGUAUCCUACCUUCUCCGUGAUACCCCCGCUGAAGAGCUUGAGCGUCCUAGAUGUCGACGAACUACCUUAUCUGGACGAGAUGAGCAUCUUAAUAGCCAGGUCUCAGAAGAAGCUGCGAGAACUCAGGGUUGGCAUUGCUCCGCACGCACAACAGCGGGACUGGGUCACUGCAUGGGAAGGCGACGGGAUCCAACAAGUCGACUAUAAUGCCCCAUGGACUGGCGCCAGUUCAAUAGGAGAAAAGAGAUUGGGCGGUGUCCUUGGCAUACUCGUAGGAAGGAUUCAUAACCUGCGUCAUACCGAGGAGCAACCCAGCCACCGCCCCAACGCGGCCGGAUUGCUGGAUCGGCAAACGGAGACAACCGCCCUCAAAGUUGGAACACCAGACUCGAUGCCCGCCCACGCAACGCCAUUACAUGACCGAGAGCCUGAACAUGGUAUCGAGCAUUAUGAGCAUAUAUUGGACGAACCAACUGUACCGGAAGGGGUCAGUCUCAUCGAUGACAUCCAAUCGCUCGGCAUCAACCCAACCGUCCAACCACCCAACAACGCGGAGAACGACCCGGAACCACUGCUUUCGAAUCCUCUAGUCAUGCCAGUGCCAAAGCAUGGAAGCGCCGACGUUCCUCAUGAGUCUGAUAAAAUGACCGAGCCUAUAUUGAACGGAAAGCUGAAAUUAGAGGUCCUGGAGCUCGAGCGUGUUCCGCUCUCAGUCUCGGUGUUACUAAGGGCUUUCGAUUGGUCGAUGUUAUCGACUCUGACACUAUUGAACUGCAGCAACCACGAGCAAUUGUGGAAAUCCCUUCGACGCACCUACACCCCGCGCUCUGCAUAUCCCGCCGGCUCACCGUCUUCAUCAAAGGCGUAUAAGGCUUCAUAUACCCUCCGAUCAGAGUAUAGCCUGAACCUCAAGAAGAUUCACACGAACACGGUCUCUCCAUCCCUAAUAUCCUUCCUAAAGGAGACACUCGCACCCAACAGCCUGGAAGUGCUCUUCCUGCAAGAAGGGAGGUCGUACACAUCUGCAGUGACAGUGGAUGCGAUAUACCGAGGACCCUUGCGGCGACAUCGAUCAAGCCUAAAGAAGUUGAUGAUCGACAGCAGUGAGAAAGGUCCCGAUGGACAUGCUACAAAUAGCUCGAGGUGGAGGAGGUGGAUGCUGAACCGCGAGAUUCUCACCUUCAUCACCAGCGGACGCAUGAGCAGUCUCCGAGAACUCGCAGUAUCGAUCGACUACAAAGACUGGCAUCACUUCCUACAGCGCCUCCCUCUAAUCCCCCACAUCCGCUCCCUUUACAUCCCCUUCAUCGCCGACCACGCCCACGGCAACAACAUCGACCCGCGAGAACUUGCCUACCAAAUCCUCGACAUCGUGCACCUCCGCCCCGAAAUCGAGCUCUGCUACAUGGGGCUCUCGACAAAGUGCUUCGAGAUCCUAGAAAACCGCCCCUCAAACUACGAUCUCCGCCACGGCGGCGACGGUAUCAACGUCGGCGAUGGCACGGGCGUCGGCUACGUCGGUGCGCACGACCCUAUGAUGUCGGACGAUGAGUCCGAUGCGACCGAGGAUGAAGACGAUGACGAACUUGAUGGCGGGAUGGGCGGGCCUGUGGGAGAGAGCGAAGAGACGGAGAGUGAGGUCGAGGAGGAUGCGAAUGAUGACUCGGAUGAUGAGUCCUUCUUGCAAGAUUCGCAGAAGGGUCCGAAGCUGAGGGUACGCGAGAUUCUCUUCUACGAGGAGCGGGUUGAAGCUUUCCGGAGGCGGCAUGGGGUUCUCAGGCCGUAAGCGGAUGAUUAGACUACACAGGCGAUGUAAUGCGGUUGAAAGGGGAAGAAGAAAUGUCGACUGCAUUUUCACAGGUUCGAGCGGGGAAAACUCCGGUGCUGGACGGAUGGCGAUGGCGCAUUUAGUGGGAUAACCCUGGGAGUUUUUUUGGUAUUUUUCCUUGCGAGGUCAUCAUCAUUCAAUCCUUGGGCGUGGUUAGGAUCAUAAGAUAUCUCUCUCGGUCAUAAGCGAGCUAGUGGCAGCUUUAAAGCAACUUUACUUUACGGGAAACUGUAGUUUAGAUAUAGUUCGAGUGCGUUGGGAACGCCCGGUAAAGGAAUGAAUGCAAUUAGAAUUGCGGAGCGGACCUGUUGGUUACCUAU